AUGACAAGACAGACAUCCACUCUCCCCAGCACUUUCAAAUGGAACUCCACCACCGCCCUCAUAGGCCCUAACAACGACGGCCAUAAUAUCGCUGGCAUCAAAGAUCCGUCCAUCGUCGAAGUCGACGGCACCUAUCACGUCUUCGCCAGCACGGCGCAAGCCUCAGGCUACAACCUUGUCUACUUCAACUUCACCUCCUUCGCCACCGCCAACUCCGCAACCUUCAACUACCUCUCGCAAACCCCCAUCGGGUCGGGCUACCGCGCCGCGCCGCAGGUCUUCUACUUUGCGCCCCAGAAACUCUGGUACCUUGUAUUCCAAAACGGAAAUGCGGCUUAUUCGACGAAUAAGAACAUUGGUAAUCCGAACGGCUGGAGCGCGUCAACGAAUUUCUUUAGCGCGGUGCCCGAUAUUGUGACGCGUAAUAUUGGGAGUGGGUAUUGGGUUGAUAUGUGGACUAUUUGUGAUGCAACGGAUUGUUACCUGUUCUCUUCGGACGAUAAUGGACACUUGUACCGCUCGAGGACAUCACUGGCUAGUUUCCCCAAGGGUAUGGGGGAUACGGUUAUUGCUAUGUCGGCCUCGGAUAAGAAUGCAUUGUUUGAGGCGAGCAAUGUCUACGCUAUCGAAGGAGGGAAUUCAUAUCUUCUCCUCGUCGAAGCCAUCGGCAGUGACGGCAACCGGUACUUCCGCUCCUGGACAUCGAGUAGUUUGUCGGAAAAUUGGACUGCUCUUGCUGCUACCGAAGCCAACCCCUUUGCUCGCGCGAAUAAUGUUGCUUUUGAGGGCACAGCUUGGACACGGAGUAUCAGUCAUGGCGAGAUGGUGCGGACGCAGAUGGAUCAGACUAUGACGAUUAGUCCAUGUAAUUUGCGGUAUUUGUACCAGGGCUUGAGCCCGUCGGCAAGUGGGAGUUACAAUACGUUGCCUUGGAAGCUGGGGCUGUUAACGCAGACGAACUCGGCUUGUUAG